AUGCCUGCUUUUUCUCCUCAUAAUUCCAAUUCCUCAACCUUUCUCCUCACAGGCUUCCCUGGCCUGGAAGGGGAAUAUCCCUUGAUCUCCAUUCCCUUCUCCUUCAUUUAUGCUAUGGUGCUUUCAGGGAACUGCCUGGUGCUCCAUGUGAUCCAGACUGAGCCAAGCCUGCAUGAGCCCAUGUUCUACUUCCUGGCCAUGCUGGCCCUCACUGAUCUGUGCAUGGGGCUGUCUACAGUGCACACGGUGCUGGGGAUCCUAUGGGGGCUCAGCCAGGGCGUCAGCCUUGACGCCUGUAUAGCACAGACUUACUUUAUUCAUGGUCUGUCCCUCACAGAGUCAGGAGUACUUCUCGCCAUGGCUUUUGAUCGUUUUACAGCAAUCUGUAAUCCUCUGAGGUAUACCUCUAUUCUGACCACUGCCAGGAUCAUGAAGAUUGGGCUGGGAAUUUUAGGAAGGAGUUUUAUGUUCAUCAUUGCCCCCAUAAUCCGCCUAAAGUUUUUUCAUUACUGCCAUUCACAUGUCCUCUCUCACUCUUUCUGCCUGCAUCAACAUCUACUGAGGCUGGCCUGUUCUGAUAUCCACUUCAACAGUUUCUAUGCCUUAGCUCUGGUGAUGUUUGAUUCUAUGUUAAUUCUCACUUCCUAUAUCCUGAUCCUGCAUGCUGUCUUGUCUAUUGCAUCCCGGGAUGAGUGUCUGAAAUCCUUGCAGACCUGUGUCUCCCGCAUCUGUGCUGUCCUGGUUUUCUACAUCCCAAUCAUUGGGCUGACCAUGGUACACCGCUUUGGGAAUCACCUCUCUCCUGUGGUCCACGUCCUCAUGGGCAACAUUUAUAUCAUCUUUCCACCUCUGAUGAACCCCAUCAUCUACAGUGUGAAGACCCAACAGAUUCGUAGCAGGAUUCAGAGGUGGUUCUCCAUGAAGAGGGAGUGA